AUGCCAUCGCUCCCCAACACACAACGGCUGCGGCUCCCGUUGAGAACACGCCCCCACAACGGGAUUGGUUUCAAGACUGCCUUAGCGCUGGCGCACCAUUCAGCUGACUUCCAUAUCUUGCUGGGAGCACGAACGGAGGAUAAGGGAAGGGCGGCUGUGAAUGAGCUCUUGUCUGCGCAGCAGAGCCCUGUCAAGGCCUCCGUCUCGCCGAUCCAGAUUGAGAUAACCAAUCAGAAAUCGGUCAACGCUGCCAGAGACCACGUAGAGGCCCAAUACGGUAAGCUCCAUGUCCCAGUCAACAAUGCUGGUAUCGUCGUAUAUCAGGAUGUUGACAAAUAUACUGCCUUCCGACAGUCGUUCGAGACCAACGUCCUCGGAUCUAUGAGGAUGACUGAGACACUCGAACCUUUGUUCCGAAAAUCUACCAAGGCAUAUGUUAUAUAUGUCUCUUCGGAGCAGGGCUCUAUCUCUCUGCGUCUCGAUCCAACUCACCAAUUCCGCAAAAUACAGGUAAGGACAUUCGUGACAAAGCCUCACGUUGUUCUUAAUCUGCCUGCAAGGGUAAUUUCCAAGGUUAAGUGCUACAUGCCAAAUAAGCCUCCGGCGCCCGUUGCCCCUGUUAUUUGGUGCAAUCGUCUUGUUCUUUGUGACGCUGAUAGUAUCCUCCCUAUUACCAAUUCCUGUUUACGAUUGCUUAAUGAUGAUGGGGUCAGCUAUCCCACUCGGGCGCCAGGUCGCUUUAGGCCCACCCGCGUGCCCUCUGCAAGUCUUAUAGCCCAAACCAGAGAGGAUCCAGCUCAUCAGUAA